CCUCGGUGUCUAUAUAAAGCAGUGUCUCGCGGGCGCCUGGCCUCAUUACACCGUCCAUUGUAGCUCGUUGUGUGUGGAGAAUGGAAGACAGCGUGGAUAUGGACAACAUGGCUCCUCUUCGCCCGCAGAACUUCCUUUUCGGGUGUGAACUCAAGGCAGACAAGAAGGAGUAUACAUUUAAAGUGGAUGAUGAUGAAAGCGAGCAUCAGUUGUCAUUGAGAACAGUUAGUUUAGGUGCCGGUGCUAAAGAUGAAUUACACAUUGUUGAAGCUGAAGGAAUGAACUAUGAAGGGAAACAACUGAAGAUUGUUCUUGCAUCUUUGAGACCAUCUGUGCAACCAACGGUUUCACUUGGUGGAUUUGAAAUUACGCCACCUGUGAUUUUGCGGCUGAAGUCUGGGUCUGGUCCUGUAUAUGUUAGUGGGCAGCAUCUUGUUGCUUUAGAGGAUUUGGGCUCAUCAGAUGAAGAGGAUGAUGAUGAAGAGGAGGAGGAGGAGAACACUGAAACAAAGAAUGCAAAAAGACCUGCUGCUACUACUUCUAAGGUUCCACAGAAAAGGAUAAAGUUAGAAGAGGAGGAUGACGACGAUGAUGAUGAUGAUGACGAUGAUGAAGAGGACGACGAUGAUGAGGAUGAUGAUGAAGAUGAAGCACCAGUUAAAAAGCCUGCUCCAGUAAAGGUGAAAUCCGUUCAAAAGUCAAGCCACAAUGGAAAGGCAUCUGAACCGUCCACUCCUAAAGCUCUAAAAACACCAGAACAAAAAGGGAAACAAGAAGCCAAGCAACAAACUCCAAAGUCACCCAAAACACCCCUUACGCUUGAAGAAAUAAAAGCAAAAAUACAGGCUACAUUUGACAAGGGUGGUAACCUUCCAAAAGUUGAGGCAAGAUUUACAAACUAUGUGAAGAAUUGUUUCAGGACUGACAAUAAGAAGAUUAUUGAUGACCUCUGGAAUUGGCGAAAGACCCUGAAAGAUAUUAAAUAAUUUGAAUUCUGGCAGUUUUCCCUUCCUAAUUUUAUACUUUUAAGUUAGAAAAUUUGUUUGGAUUGUUUUCCCACUUGUUUUGUGCACCUAAUGUUCUGUUAAGGUUAUAAAGAUGGGCCAGGCUAUACUAAUGUAAAUGAAUAAAACUAUUUUACUUGA